UGGGGUCCUGAGCACACGGUUUUGUUUACAACACGUCACCAGGAAAUACCUUUGGUGUCAAAAAUGUUGAGACAGGACUCCCAAGACGCUCCUCUUUUUGGUGAAGAGGACGCCACACUAAGGAAGUCUAAAAUUAAGCAUCCUCUGGCCUCCUUUUUCCACCUGUUCUUCCGAACAAGUGCCAUCUUAGUCUAUUUACUGUGUGACGUCCUCAGCAGUCAGUUCAUUGUCUGUAUGGUCACCAUCAUCCUUCUGCUGUCAUGUGACUUCUGGACUGUCAAGAAUGUAUCUGGCAGAUUGUUGGUGGGCCUUCGAUGGUGGAAUCAAGUGGAUCCAGAUGGCAAGAGCCACUGGGUGUUUGAGUCAAGGAAGACAGACGGAGCAAACUUGAUAUCUAGUGCAGACUCGCGGAUCUUUUGGCUUGGACUCAUCGUGUGCCCUGUCUUCUGGGUCGUUUUUGUGUUCAGCACCAUCUUCUCUUUCAAGAUUAAAUGGCUGGCUGUGGUGAUAAUGGGCUUGGUUUUACAAUGGGCCAACUUGUAUGGUUAUGUCAGAUGCAAGGUGGGUGGAAAGUCCAACCUGAGUAACAUGGCAAAGAACUACCUUGGAGUCCAGAUUUUUAAACAGGCAAUGAAGAAACCAGAGAGACCUUGAAGUGGAUGCAUGGGGAUCAUCUGGAGCCUGAUGGAGUUCAACAUUUGAUGGACCCAUUGUAUUUACUUUAUUCCCAAAAAGGUGGCUGGUUGUUUUUUUAAUAGUUUUUUUUUUCAAAAGGUGUAUGGUAUGUUAAAAUUUCAGUCCUUGUAGGAAAACUGAAGACAGUAAUAUGUGACGAGGUGUGGCUGUAAAUUCAGUGCUGAUCUAUCCAUAAAAUGGAAACAUUAACUUGUUUCACAGAUAUUAUUCCUGUUGGCUUAAGGAUGUCUCACUUUUGUGACUCUUGACAGCUCAGUCCUUAAAUUAGCCUCUUUAAAAUUAUUAUUUACUGCAUAUUGUGAAAAGGGAAUUUGAGAAAAAUAUUUAGAGAUGUUACCUUAUUGGGGCUGCUAAUUGAUCGUAGGUUGUGGACAAUCUUUUUAUUCAAACUUUAUUUUUUUACGGAAAGGUUUAUUGUAAAUUACAUUGUAGGAUAAUGUAGGGAGAAAAUGCAACUUUAUAUAGAUUAAAAUAUUUUGAACUGAGUUCUUCUUGGUUACAUUUUUAUAUGAAAAAGGUAAUUUACCGAUGAUGUGUCGAGGCAAUUGUUAUGUUUUACAAAUUGCAUAAUAAAGUUUUUCUAUCAUUUUGGA